CCGGCCCGCCGCGAGGACAGGACGCCAGGAGCGACGCGUCAAGGCGGGCUCGACGUCGGUUGAACCGCGCCGGGGGUGUUUGGCGUGCACCCCGCGUUUACCCCCCGCAGUACCCCGCUCGGUUGCCCGCGGUACCCGCGACGGUACCCCCGGGGCGUUACGUGCGCUGCCACCCUCUCCGCCCACCCCCAAGUGCUCCCUCCCCCGCAGCGCCCGGGCUCGCCUGGUGUUUCCUCGUAGCUCCCUUCGCGCGCGGUGGGUUCUGUUGCCGCCUGGCCGGCCCGCGGGACACACCACCAGCCAACGGGCGCCGCUCACGCCAUCCCCGCCACCCCGCGAGAAGAAGCUCGUGAAAAGAAAGCUCGGGGCGCAGCACAGCACAGCACCGCGAGCAAGGCGCUCAACUGAGCCAGCGGAGAGGGGCAGUGCGACGACCUCGUCCCCCCAACCCCGGCGGGGAGAGCGUCGCCGGGGUCCUGAGCAUGAGCUAGAGGCGGACACGCGCGCCGGGUGGACGAGCGGCCUGACAGGACAGACUCAGGAUGGCGGACGACGGCCAGGCCGAGGUGCUGCUGGACCGGCUGCGCGCGCUCGCCGCGGACCGGGACGGCCACAAGGACGGCGCCGGCGUGGAGGCCCUGCGCGUCGUGUCCUCCAAGCUGCACGCGCGCACCAUCGCGCAGGGUGGGCAGCGGGUGGCCGCAGUGUCGCAGCUCAUGGGCAGCAACUCGUCGACGGCGUCCUCGCUGCUGCGAGUCAUGGCCACGCUCUCCCCCAAGGAGGUGCACGCGGCCGAGACCCUGGUGUCGGACCUGGUGUGGCUGCUGUACCGCAUCGCCCUGAGGGACCCCAAGUUCUCCUCCAAGGUGCGCGCGGCCGGCGCCUCCAAGGUGCUGCACGUCGUGCUCCGCACGCAGGCCAGCGGCGGCCGCCUGCUGCUGCCCGCGCUGCACAUCCUGCAGGUCAUCACCAAGAACCCCUCAGUGUCCUCGGCGCUGGCGCGCGACGGCGUGGCCCCCACAUUGGAGAAGCUCCUUAGCGGCACGGGGGUGCUGCCGUCCCCGAGGCUCCGUCUCAUCCUGCUCGUCAUCGCCAACCUCUGCAGGACCCGCCCCUUCCUAGCGCGCCUGUGCCGCGGGCCGCUGCUGCCGCUGUUGCUUCGGCCCAUGAGCCGCUGGGACAGCUUCAGCGGCCGGGUGCGCCUGAGGAUCUGCCAGUGCACCCUGGUGGCCCUGCAGUACGCCGUCAGCUCCAAGGCGGGACGCAAGGCGCUGGUGUCGGGCUCCGGGGCCGCGGCGCUGCAACGCUUUUGCCGGCUGUGCCCCGAGGAGAAGGCGUACGACGCCAUGGUGUCCCGGGUGUGCGGCAUCCUGCAGCAGCUGGGCGAGCGCAAGGGGCUGCCCGUGCAGAGCUGGGUGGGGCCCGCCACCUUCCAGUACGCGCCCGGCGACCACUGGGCUGACGGCGACGGCGGCUGCAGCGACGACAGCGGCGAUGAGGUGGACGACGCCGAGGACCCCGACGACGACGAGGAUGACGACGGCGAGGCGGAGCUGGACGACGAGGAGGGUGGCGCCGUGCGCCAGGACACGUCGGGCCAGUCGUCGCGGAGGUCAUCACACCGGGGCUCCGUCCAGGACGUCCUGGACGCCAUGGCCGAGGCCCCGGACUCCCCCCACCGCAGGGACUCCCAGGAGCUCGUCAUGUACGCCCCCUUUUGCCGCGAGCUGCUGGACACCGGGCCGCGGGGCGCAGAGAUGAAGCCCAACCCGCUGGCAGCAGGCGACGAGAGCUCCGGCCUGGCCGUCCUGCAGGGCGUGUGCGCGACGCUCCCGCCUCGCCGCGCCUACUGCGCCCUGGCGUCCAGGGUGCGGGCCGUGGUGAAGGCGUGCAAGGUGGCCUACCCCGACAUGGUGGGCGGCGGCUGCGGCGGCCAGCUGCAGCCCCUCAGCCCCAGGGACCGCCGCGUGUGCAGAGCAAAGCUCCUCCAGUGCGUGGACCGCGUGCUCCAGCCCGGACAGCUGUGGAAUAUUGUGGCCUACGACCUGGACAGACUGAUCGCCGAAGUGCCUAUCAAGCCGCCCAGCCCGGAUAGUAGGAUCCUUAAAAAUGACGACGAAAGUAGACUCGGAUCACGCCAGGCCUCCACCAACGGAUUAAGGUUCGAGUCACGGUUUGAAAGCGGAAACCUACGGAAGGCAAUUCAGAUCGGCCACCGGGAGUACGACCUAAUCCUCUCCUCGGACGUGAACUCUACCAAGCACCACCAAUGGUUCUACUUCGAGGUCUGCAACAUGGAGGGCGAGGCUCCUUACGUGUUCAACAUCGUCAACAACGAAAAGGCCAACAGCCAGUUCAACUUUGGAAUGCAGCCUAUUGUGUACUCCGUCCGAGAGGCUACCCUGGGCCGGGCCGGGUGGACGCACAUGGGGACCGACAUCUGCUACUACCGCAACAGCUACCAGAGGCCGGACGGGCGGCGCGGGCGCCUCUACCACACCACCACGUUUAGCAUCAAGUUCCCCCACAGCUGGGACGUGUGCUACAUCGCCUACCACUACCCCUACACCUACACGCAGCUGCUGAUGCAAGUGCUGCGGUGGUCGCGGAACGCCGGCGAGGACGUGGUGUUCCGGGCGGAGCCCCUGUGCCGCACCCUGAACGGCAACGAGGUGCCGCUGCUCACCGUCACCGCCAAGGACACCAAGCAGAACCCCAUCCAGGGCCGGUCCAUCCUCUUCCUGACGGCGCGCGUGCACCCCGGCGAGAGCAACUCGUCCCACGUGAUCCAGGGCACCCUGGACGCCCUCCUGGCGCCCACCGCCCUGGGGCGCGCGCUCCGCGCCGCUCACGUCAUCAAGGUGGUGCCUAUGCUCAACGUGGAGGGCGUCGUCAACGGCUGCCAUCGCUGUGGCCUGACAAACGACGAUCUGAACCGCAAGUGGAGCAAGCCGGACCCCAAGCUUCAUCCGUCCAUCUACCACACCAAGGGCCUGCUCGAGUACCUGACCCGCGUGCAGCGCCGCCCGCCCUUCGUGUUCAUCGACUUUCACGGCCACUCGCGCAAGAAGAACAUCUUCGUGUACGGCUGCUCCCGGGCGGACAGCUGGUCCACGGCGGACCGCGCGCAGCCCGACAACCCCGCCGAGUACGCGGUCCUGCCCCAGCUCAUGUCCCUGGUGGCGCCCGCCUUCAGCCUGUCGUCGUGCAGCUACCGGGUGGAGCGCGCGAGGGAGGCGACGGCCAGGGUGACGGUGUGGAGGGAGCUCGGCGUCAACCGGGCCUACACCCUGGAGGCGUCGUACUGCGGCUGUGACCAGGGGCCCUACCAGGGCUAUCAGCUGAGCAGCGCCCAUCUGCGCGAGGUGGGCGCCAACCUGUGCCAGGCGCUGGCCAGCCUCCCCGAGGAGACGGAGCGGCAGCGCCGGCUGCAGCAGGGGCAGGGCGGCCUCCAGCAGGGCCAGGGCGGCGGCAUGACGCCCGCCCAGGGGCCGGCGGCCGUGGUGCCCACCAUGGUCAAGCUCAGCCCGCUCUCCGUGGUGGCCCGCCUGGGCGCCAACGCCGUGCCCGCCGGGGUGCCGGCGUCCGCCUCGUGACUGCGUGUCGUGCUCACAGUCUCUCUUCUUGUUUUGCGCGCUUUUACUUCAAGGCUCUUAUAACCAUGUGCAUUACUGGAAAAACUAUGAAUCUAAGACUCCUCGCUUUACACAGUGUUGUUGUGCAUGUGAAUAAAUACAUUCAGUGUGCAGUGCUAAGUGCUCUAUGCCUGAAACUGACAAUUACAUUACUUUGUUCCCUGCCUUUAUUACUGCCCCAUUUACUAAGCUAGCUAAUUCAUGUAGAAUAUUACGCAAAAUGACUUUGCCUACAUUAUUUUUUUCGUUGGUAGAUUCCAAGCAGUUUGUUAAAUAAAAAUUAUGCUGCGCUUUGUAGAUGAUGUUUUAAAUGAUAACUAUUUUGUAGAGCCGAAGAGGAAAGUAUUUUUAAAAUAUAAAUAAUGUCUAUAUAAAA